AUGGUCGGAACAGGCAAGGUUGAAAACGCGGAGCAGGGCGACACUUCGCACAUUCAUAUCGUGAAGCUUCCCGGUGGUCGUCCUGACCAAAAGGCGCACAAUGAGGAGAUGGAGCGUAUCAAGUCUCAGAUUGACAAGACCCACGCGAAGAUUGCUCAGAUUCGUGCGGCGCUCUCUGGUGAGUCGUCCACUGAUACCCCGGCGGGCAAGCGCCGUGCUGAACUGCGUGCUGAGCUAGAGUCCCUUCGUUCGGAGCAGGCUGGUCGCAAGGGCUCGCGCGGUAAGGUGUUUGACGAGCUCAAGCAGGUGCAGGAUGGCAUUGCUAGCAAGGUCAAGACGCUGCAAGCGGCCAAGGCCAAGGCGCCAUUCAAGUCUGUCGCGGAGCUGGAUGCGCACAUCCGCUCCAUCGAGUCGCAGAUUGAAUCUGGCUCGAUGAAGAUCGUGGAGGAGCGCAAGGCCUUGCACGAAGUGUCUAUGCUCAAGAAGACACGCAGGUCGCUGGAGCAGUUCUCUACGCAACAGGCGGAGAUUGAUACGCUGCGCAAGCGUGUCGAAGAGCUUCGCUCGUCGCUUGAUGAUCCUGAGACGGCCGCUGCGAACCGUCGUUACGACGCCAUCAAGAAGGAGCUGGACGAUUUGGCCAAGGAGCAGGAGAAGACGUUCGGCAGCCGAAGCAAGCUUCAGAACCAGCGGACAGCGCUGUCAAAGACACUGGACGAGCUGUACCAGGAGCGCCGUGACCGUCUGACGGCGUACCAUGCCGAGAACGACAAGUACUUUGCACGCGUGCAUGCCGAGCGAGAGCGCCGCAACGAAGCGAUCCGCAAGGAGCGCUUGGAGGCGUCGAAGGCCCGUCUUGCGCAGGAAGAGCAGGAUAUGCGCGAGGAGGCUGCUAUGCCCGCCUUUGCAAAGGAAAUUGAAGACUGUGAUGUGCUGAUCCGCUACUUUAGUGGCGAGACGGACGCACAGCCCCAGAAGAAAGACGCCAUUUCGACCUCGUCGUCGUCGACUGCGCUGCCGACGCUGCCGGAGAUGCGUCGUACGGAUUCGGCUGUGCCGGAAGGUGCAGUCAUCGCGCGCAAGAAGGGCGAGGAAGAAGAAUACUUUGCUGGCUCUGCAAAGAAGAAGGGCAAAAACAAGAAGCAUCACCAGGUCAAGCAGGCCGAGUCGGAGUAUGGUGCACUGCAUGUGCCGUUCGGUAUGCUGUCGGCCCUGUUGAGCCUGAGUAUUCCGCCGCCGGCGAAUGCGGCUGACUUGCCACGUGUGGUCGACAACAUCAAGCUGAAGCGUGAGUACUUCGUGUCGAACCAAGCGCGUCAGACGGAGGAGAACAUCAAGAACGUGGAAGAGAAGAUUGCUCAGCUCAAGCUCAAGUACGCUGACGAGGAGAGCGAAAAGUAA